AUCUCCUGGGAGGAGAGAAAUGCAAUGCAUUGGAAGCAGUUCUCCCAGUGCCCAGGGCUCUAUGAAAAAGAGAAAUCAAAGAAAACACGCAAAAAUAAAGGACUAAAAAUGAGCUGCCUGCUAGGGCUUGGAGCCCUGCAGUGAAGAGAAGUGAACCAGAAGCCGAGCGCCUUUGAGUCACCACCAAGAUUAGCCUGAGGUGCGCUCCGCACGUCCGCGUUAGGACCGGGAGACACGCCUUCUUCUCACACAAACCUUCCAGAUCCCUGGUCUCCGCGGACUCAGGGGUGGUGCUACAAGUCCUGCCACUUGCAGUCGUGACUGGCAGGGGCUGGGAACCGGCCGGCGUUGGACCGAUCCAGCGCCACAGGUUGGAAAAAUAGGAGCUGUCCCCAGGACUGUCGCCCUGGAAGGCAGAUCUCGGGUCGUUGCUGGUGUCGGACUCCAGGAGUCCAAAGGCUUGGGAAAGGGGCAGGAAACCUCUGAAACCUGACACCUCCUGCCGCCGAGGAAACUUCGCAGGCUGGCCCACCAAGACCAUCACUAUGACCGAUGGAGACUAUGAUUAUCUGAUCAAACUCCUGGCCCUUGGAGAUUCGGGGGUGGGGAAGACGACAUUUCUUUACCGCUACACAGACAAUAAAUUCAAUCCCAAGUUCAUCACGACAGUAGGGAUAGACUUCCGGGAAAAACGUGUGGUUUAUAACACACAGGGACCAAAUGGGUCAACAGGGAAAGCAUUUAAGGUGCAUCUUCAGCUUUGGGACACAGCAGGACAAGAGCGAUUCCGGAGCCUCACCACUGCAUUUUUCAGAGAUGCCAUGGGUUUCUUAUUAACGUUUGACCUCACCAGUCAACAGAGCUUCUUAAAUGUCAGAAACUGGAUGAGCCAACUGCAAGCAAAUGCUUAUUGUGAAAAUCCAGAUAUAGUAUUAAUUGGCAACAAGGCAGACCUGCCAGACCAGAGAGAAGUCAACGAACGGCAAGCCCGGGACCUGGCUGACAAAUACGGCAUACCAUAUUUUGAAACAAGUGCAGCGACUGGCCAGAAUGUGGAAAAGGCUGUGGAAACCCUUCUGGACUUAAUAAUGAAACGAAUGGAACAGUGUGUAGAGAAGACCCAAGUCCCUGACACUGUCAAUGGUGGUAGUUCUGGGAAGCUGGAUGGGGACAAACCAACAGAGAAGAAGUGUGCCUGCUAAACUUUACCCUAGGAACUGAUCAUCCAGAACCCCACGCAAGCAUCGCUUCCAAAAAGAGUGACAAACCACACAAUUGUUGUUGAGUAGACCAUGUAUAAUGGCAUGUCUUUCUUUUUCUGCCAGAAAAAUCUAUUUUAAGAAGUCAGAGUUGUCAACAGUGUUCAAAAGAGUUGACCAGUUGUCCCUGAGGCCCCUCCAAACAAGAUCAAAGAUUUUCCAUUGUCAUCAUACCAUCAUGGAUGCUCAAUUUGUUUUCCUUAUAAAGAAGAUGAGUAUAUAAGAGAGUAUACAAGAAGAAAUAUCAGGGAGUUUUCAGUCAGAACCAAAGGUACCUUGUCACAUUGGGGACAAGAAUAAUCUUCCAAAGGGAUAACAUAGAAAGAUGACUUUUUUAAAAGGUUGGAUUUACUUCUUAUAUAGAAUCUGAUUUGUACUUUUAUAGGUUUGCAUUGGGGGAAACAUAUUAGCUAAAAAUGCAUAUACACAAAAAAGAAUUCUAAGUGGUUCAUUAAGAGUGGCAUUACUAUGUACAUCCUAUAAGCUGUGCUAGAAUGACUACCUUAUGAGAGGAUGAAUGUCAGACUUCUGAGAAAAUGUAGGAGACUGUGUAAUAAUGCCAUUUGUAUAUUCUUAAUAAAUGGCAGAUAGACAAGAAUAGGACUGUGAAUGACAGAAGACAAGAGAAAUGCCCAGGGAGAAAAAUGAAGGUAUGGGAACAUGGCAUUUGGGCAACUGAAAUUAAAUGUAUCUGUUACAGAUGUCUGGGAGAGAUACUUAGCCAAAUUUCACUCAAGCCAAUUAGAAGCUGACAUUAUCAGUUGGAAUUAAGAGAGUCUCCAGAGGUUUGCAUUUCCAACAAAAUUUUAGAAAUUGGUGUAGUGUUCAGCUUCACAUUUCAUAUUUCUUAGCAAUCAUGAUAAAAAGUCACAAGGAGAAAUUAAAGAUUGCUGUUUAUUAACUAUCUCUUUAUGCACUCAAGAAAAACUAUUUAGCCUUAAUUUUUUUAGAUAAAAUAUGUUGGUGAUAUGAAAUAAAAAGUGACUAUUAAUUCUAGGUUUCUUUCUGAUUUACAAAGUACUGGAAACUCUAAAUCACAUUACUCUCCUCCAACCCACACCCACCCCUGGCUUUGAAUCAAUUGUAAAAAUAGAGGAGUGUCACUUUGUAGAUCAACAACUUCAGAAUAAUGAUGGAUCGAUUUUAUGGUCACUCUGAAUUUCUGUGUCAUUUAUCACAUAAAAAUUGAUGAUACAUCAUGCCAUAUUACAGUGUAUUUAGCAUCUGUUUUUAUUUUGCCUAAGGCAAAACACCUAUGCUUGAACUAUAUUGGGGGGUUGGCAGAGAUGGAGGUGUAUCUUAUCUAAGCAAAAAUUUUGUUAAUGGCUUUAUUUUUCACAUAAUGCUGUCUUUUCUUUCUAAAAAUGAUCACAAAGGUAUUUUCCAUUGGCCUAUUAUUAUUGCGUCUAAACAUUGGCUUUUGAUUUAGUUUCUGAUAAACAUAAGCCACUCCUAUUACUAUUAUUUAUGUACUUCAGUCAAUUUUGUCAGUAACAAAGUCAUCAUACUUUAGGUUUUCUCUUUUUAUUGUGAAUAUAUGAUUUUUCUACAGGAUAGUUCCUCUUUGUAGAAAAAUUUGCCAAUUAAACUUCACUUUUCUAGACUCUCUGUAUAUUUUUUGUUAAGUUACAAACAUAGGAAACUCUAAAUCCCAGUCCCCCACCUUUAACCUCCGUCUACCGACCUCCACUGGGUGUCAAUCAGUUUUAGGAACACAGAUCCAAGGGACUGUCUAGUUACAAGACCCAGAAAUGUGCCAUGAAACCAGGUAAUUUGGAAGCUUUAAUGGAGUUAGUCCUUAAGAGAUUAACAAAUUCUUACUGUCAGUUGCCCAGGUCCUCUGAUUUCUGCAGCACGAUGCCAACUUCUAAGGUUGGUCAUGAGUGGGUAUUCGCUCCCAGGAUGCUUUUCUCUAUGAUGUUAUUCAUGACCUCAGUGCCUGUGCCAGGAGGAUAGGAAGCUGUUAGCUAUCGUCAAAGAUGUUUCUUCUGAAACGAAUAUGAGCAAAAACAAUGUAACCAUUGGUGUGGCAAAAUUUGGUGAACUUUUGGGUCAUUAAGUCGAUUUCUCCUUUGGAUUCAAAUUAUGAUGCCCCCUGCAUUUCCACAACAGGGAAUACUUAGCCUUUCUAAAAUCCAAAAAGCAUUUUAUUUUGGAUAUGUCUUUUUGUUUCUAUUUAUUUUCCAGUUACAUGAUUGAUUUACUUAUCCAAGAUUCUGUCACUGUCAGUCAUUUAACAAGCCUUUAUUCAGGGUCUAUUUUAAGAUCAUUAUUUGAUAGCCAUAGCAUGAAGCAGAGGGUGAUGAUGCUUAUAAUUAAAGAACUAUUCCUAUAAAAAUAACAAUUAUUGGGUAAUAAUCUCAAGAGGAAUGAAAUUUAAAACAGACAAGAAAAUUAAUUUAAAAUAGUAUUCUAAUUAUAAAUAAACACUUAAUCUAAAAAAAAUGUUUUCUCUGUCAAGUUUGACAUAAGACCCUGAAGUCUAUGUAACCAUUAUUAGUAACAAUUACUCUUUCAUUAUUUCAGAAUUAAUUAUUCUGUAUGAUUCAUUUUACAAUUUCAAAUUGACUUGGGGUCAUGAAGUAUACAGACUGCUUUUAAAGAAUUGCAUACACCCUUUAAUACACAGCAAUAUGUAUUACUUAUUUCGUCCCAAAUGCUUUAGUUAACCAUAUCAUAUUUUGGAGAAUUAUUUAAAAUGUACAUGAAGUUCCUUUCUGAUAUAGAAACCAUUUUGGAAGUGUUUACACUGGUUUAAUGUUUACAUUGCUCUAACACAGUGCCUCAGAGACCGCCUUGACCAAAUUUGUCUCCAGCCCCAUAGCUUAUUUCCUAUAAUACCAUGUUGUAGGAAGGCCUCACAGAGACACUAAUGCAGCUAAAGGUAUUCUGAGGUCUUCAGCAAAGGGUAUAAGAAUCUUAUUCAAAUCUGGAGAUUAUUACCACCAUCUCCUGGUCACUUUUUGGGGAGUGGGCAUUAUUUGAGACUCUGUGAUUAGGUACAAGGUUACCUUUUAAUGUAAAAAAAAAAAAAGUCCUUUGAAAAAUGUAUCAAAUAUAGUUGAGAGAACAUGUUUGUCUUGGUGUGAUGAGGGUAACAAGUCACAAAUUGGCAGAAAAAAAAUGCUAAAUGCUGGGAAUUGAGCUUGUGGGUCUCUACAUAAGAAUUUCAAAACUCUGGCCAGUCCCACUCCAGCCAAGUUGCUAUCAUUUCCAUAUUAUCAGCUAUCACUCUGCAAAAAAUUUGAAACCAGCGUUUUCUAAAGCAAAUAUUGUAUCUGUUGUUUUUAACCAGAUGGGACAUUCUAUGUAUCAGUGGGUGUCUUUGUUAUGCUUCUAGUAUGUUAUUCUCUGGCAAUCUGUACAGAUAGGAGGAACGGGGCAAGAGUUUUUAUCAGGCGUUUCUUGUCUUCUUUAUAAGAGAGAGAAACUUGACCAUAGAGAAGGACUCACUACACUAAAAGAUAGUCUAAUAACAGCUGAAAUAUUCUUUAAAGUGUAAAUUUUGUCCACUGGGAAUCAACAAAUUUGAUGAAGCUCAUAUACAUUCUCACCAAUGGAGUGGGUGCAUCAGUUAGAAGGCGAAGCAAUAUGUGUAAAGAGAUACAGUGUAUAACUAGGUGUAGCAUAUAACCUGGAACUAAAAAUUUGAGGGAGAAUCCUCAUCCAUAAGGAAUUUUCGAGAUUAAAACUCUAAUUGUAAAGAGAUAAUAUUGAAGUUUCUGGUGUCCUAAGAUACUUAAUAACUCUUUAAAAGGAAGAUCUGGGAGCUCCAUUAGCCAAAGUGAUAGAAAAGUUGUCUUUCACCUUCUACUCCCAAGCUUUAAAGCAUUAAAAGAAGUCUAGUGUAUUUGAAUAUUUUAGGGAAAGCUUUAUCAUUUUUAAAGAUUCCAAGAUACUGUCUAUAUUUGAAAAGCUUGUCUAAGAAUUCACCAAAAGCUGUAUUUUCUUCUUGAUCUUUGACCAAAGUGGUAUAAGUUGAUUUCUGGGGAGAGUGCUGAGAUCUUAAAUCUGGAAGGUAGAUAGAGAGUAUUCUCUGAGCUGAGUGCUGUCUCAAUGCUUUAUAAAUCUAUGGAGAUACUCGUCUCAUAAAGUAGAACUGAUAAAAAUAAAACAUUGUUAGCUGAAUAGGGAAUUUUAUAAACUUAUUGCCUUGGAGUUCUUGGGUAGACACUCAACCACAUUGACGUUGUUGAGCAAGAACUAUAGAGAUUAGAGAUUAAAGUUGUCUAAAUAGAGUUUCUAACUAUGGCAGAACAUGGAGAAGACCAUACUUACAAGGUUGAUUUUUAGGCAGGAAAAAAAAAAAAAAAAAAGACAGUAACAGAAAGAGGUUUGUAACCAGAUCUAUGGCAAAUAUUUAUCCAUUAUUUUUAUCUACCAACGAGAGGUUUAUGCCCUUAGAACUAAGCUAAUAAAAAUAUUUAAACACUAAAUAUUUCAUGAUUGGCAUCAAAAUUUGGGAAAAUUAGAAACAUUUACUCUAUCUGAAUCAAAUUUUCUCAUAAAUUGCACUUUAAUUUUUUAAGAAGUAGCAUCACAAAGAUGCCUUUCUGCAGAGCUCUUUUUACCAACAGCCUAUGGUUGAGAUAUUUUCUAAAUUCAUAUUUAGAGAGAAUAACAAGCAAACAAACAAAACCAUGAGUACCAAAAUAUUGGAGUUAUUUAAAAAGGGUGUUAUCUUUUGAAGAAAAAGAGUACAAAGAAAUUGUCUUUGAAUUGAGUUAUUUAAAUCUGUUUCCGAGUUCAUUUUCUUUCCAACUGGUCGUGGAAGUCAUGGCUAUUAUCCCUCAGUCAACUUAGUCAUUAGCAAGUUCUGUAGGAGCCGCAUGUCUGUUCUUAACCUAAUGGAUCCCUUAUUUAACCAAUGGCUGUUGUCCUUAUGUCUGUUGGCACAUCAAAAUAGUAUCUGUCCCUAGCAAAGUAAUAACAUAUGCUUAUCCUUACUCUCCUCUUCUUCAGGUUAUCUUUUCAAAUGUUCUUUGAGAGGAAGUCUAGUAUUAUAGAAAGGAAAGUGGCCAAAAAGAACAAUUUGGGGGCCAUGGGUAUGUCAUUAAAUAUGGCUUCUCCAAGUAGGAGGCUUAUAAAUCCUGCAUGCCUCACAGGGUUCAAGUCGGGCCCAAAGGAGAACAUAUAUAGAAACUGGUUUGUAAAUUAUGUUCCAUUUCAUAAGCUGACACUAUUAUCCCAAGCUAAGAAUAAUAAAAUAUCACAGUCAUACUUUCACGACCAUACUUUCACAAGUGUUAUAGCAGGGACAAAACACUAAUUUUAGUAGAGAUGUUGGAAACUCGAAAUGGGUAGUCGGCUCACAGUCUUUGUGUUUGAUUGAAAAUGUUUAAUAUAUCUCAAGUUAUUGAAAAACUAUGAGUUCUGUUUCAUUUUGUAGGUCAUCUUGUAUUUCUUUCAGGAAUCCAAUUACAUUCUAGAUAGUAUAUUACAAUCUGGUCAAAAUCCUCCUUGUAUAAAUAGGGCUUCUGUGCCCAUAGCCUUAUAAAAGAUACUGACUGUAUCUGAAAUUAUUUGAGCAAAAUAAGUUAUCCCACUUAAUGUGUUAAAAGUAGGCAACGCUCUGGCAUAAUACUGAAGUGCUUCACUGUACCCCAGUGGUCUACAUUUAAGUGAUAUUAUCCUCAUUUUUAGGCUAAGCACGUUCGAUUGUUUUGUCUGUCAUUUACUCAGAUCUCUGUUUUGUCUAGUGCCAUGAAUGUAAAUUAAAACCUUAAACAUGGAGUUUUUAUUCUCUGUGCCCCUGAAUAGACUGUGGUGCCUGACAGACACUGUUAGGUCAGUAUUUUGUUGUACCAAAGUUCUAGUAGCUUCAGAAAUCAGAGCAUCCAAUGAUUUUGUGGUGUGUGGGUUUCAAAACUAUGGUUGAGAACUGUAUUCAGUGAUUGUUUCUGCACACUUUUCAAAUAAAAAUGCAUUUUUAUCAAUUA